AACACAACCUACAACACCUAUGGACCUCAGAACACAACCUACAACACCUAUGGACCUCAGAACACAACCUACAACACCUAUAGACCUCAGAACACAACCUACAACACCUAUAGACCUCAGAACACAACCUACAACACCUAUGGACCUCAGAACACAACCUACAACACCUAUGUAUCUCAGAACACAACCUACAACACCUAUGGACCUCAGAACACAACCUACAACACCUAUGUAUCUCAGAACACAACCUACAACACCUAUGGACCUCAGAACACAACCUACAACACCUAUGGACCUCAGAACACAACCUACAACACCUAUGUAUCUCAGAACACAACCUACAACACCUAUAGACCUCAGAACACAGCCUACAACACCUAUGGUCCUCAGAACACAACUUACAACACCUAUGGCGGAACACCCCAGAACACAAAACACCAUGAAACACCUAUAGACCUCAGAACACAACCUACAACACCUAUGGACUCUCAGAACACAACCUACAACACCUAUAGACCUCAGAACACAACCUACAACACCUAUGGACCUCAGAACACAACCUACAACACCUAUGUAUCUCAGAACACAACCUACAACACCUAUGGACCUCGGAACACAACCUACAACACCUAUGUAUCUCAGAACACAACCUACAACACCUAUGGACCUCAUAACACAACCUACAACACCUAUGGACCUCAGAACACAACCUACAACACCUAUGGACCUCAGAACACAACCUACAACACCUAUGGACCUCAGAACACAACCUACAACACCUAUGUAUCUCAGAACACAACCUACAACACCUAUGGACCUCGGAACACAACCUACAACACCUAUGGACCUCGGAACACAACCUACAACACCUAUGGACCUCGGAACACAACUUAA